CUGGGCUACAAAGGCUGGACGGGGCGGGAUUCGAUACAGAGAGGCCAGGCCAGGCCAGCCGAGGCCAGAACACAUCAAUAUCUCCUGUUCAUCCAACCCACCCUUCUCCAACCCAAAUCAUCACACCCCCUACCCAACCAACAUGGGCUCUCAACCCCCCACCCGCCUCGCCAUCCUCAUGGCCGACACGCCCCUACCGGGCACCGUGGCCAAGUACAAGGACUACGGCGGCGUCUUCACCUCACUCUUCACUGCCGCCACGGCCCCGCAGCCCGUGGCCGAGGUGCUGACUCUGACGUACCACGACGUGGUCAACCACGUGGGCUCGUAUCCCGCCCUAGCCGACGUAGACGCCGUCCUCAUCACGGGCUCCAAGCACAGCGCCUUUGGAGAUGACGCCUGGAUCAUGGCCCUCGUCGCCUUUGUACGCGAGGCUCUCGCCACUCAGGGCCGCGUCAAGGUCAUCGGCGUCUGCUUCGGCCACCAGAUCGUGGCCAGGGCUAUGCAGACUCCCGUUAUUGUUAACGAAAAGGGCUGGGAGGUUGCCGUGACGGAGCUAGAGCUAAGCAGCGCGGGCAAGGAGUUUUUCGGGCUCGAGACUCUGAAAAUUCACCAAAUGCACCGCGACAUCGCCAAGGACCUGCCAGACGGCAAGGCGGACCCCAGCGCCCCGCCACCAGUUGCGCUGGCCUCCAACGGGGUCUGCUCCCAGCAGGGCUUCCUAUGGCCCGGCCGCGCCGUCACCGUUCAGGGCCACCCCGAGUUCACAGAGGGUAUCGUGCGCGAGAUCCUCGAGCUGCGCCAUGAUGCCGGUAUCCACUCGGACGACCUGUACAAGAGCGGCAUUAGCCGCGUCGCCAACGAGCAUGACGGUGUCGCUAUUGCCAAUGCCUUUCUACGCUUCAUCAGGUCGUGAGCAGAGAAGUUUUGGAACUCAGGGCUCAUCAUUUUUGCAUUUGAUACCAGACUUUGCGUAGAACAGGUACUUGAUUACACCAAUCAACUGUCCUCUCCUCACACCGAUGGCUAAUGCACCGCAUCCUGUAGAACAGAAUAGGGUAUAUAGUACUUGACAAUGCGGAACUCCAUCCAACACCUUCCCCGAAAAGCAAGAGACACCAGACGCCUGCUGCUAGAUCGCUGUCAUGGACCUGCAGAAAUCCCAUAGAGACCCAAGAUGAUCAUGUACGACAUGAGAACACAAAAGGACAAAGAAAAAGACAAGGUUCCUUUACACUUCAGGGGGCCUAGCCUCACUGGCCUCACGCACGGAAAGUUCUCUGCUUCCAGCCCCUGGAUGAUCGUCCACAAAGUCCUCGUCGCUGGUCAGGUCGUUUGGAUCUGCUUCCACGUCCCACCAGUACCUCGGCCCUCGCCGCCGCGCCCUCUCGGCCGCUCCCUCGACUUCUUGUCGCAUUUCUUCCUGUCUGCGCUGAUGCGCGAGGCGCCCGUCAUCCGCCAUCUCUGGCCUCGUUCGGCCGGAGCCCGCCGGGGCGCCGCGCGUAUGUAUCCCAAGCACGACCCCGACUGCUCCGCCAACAGCACCCUUGUCAAAGCCAGCUUCCAAGCCUUCCGGUCCCUUCGACCUGCCCCUGCAGCCACAAGAGCAUGUCGCCAAGACCCAGCGCGCCCACGAGGCGCACCGGCACCGCGCCCUGUCCCAGUCGGUGGCGGCGCGGCCACAUAGACGGGCCCAGAGGGUACGGGGGUCGCGAUGGCGCCAGGGCCGCUCACGCCACGAGAAGAGUGCGGCGUUGAUGGCGCCCUGGGCGGCUAGGCUGGCGAUGCUAAGGGCUAGAA